CUCUGACAAAAAAUGGGAGCGUAGGGACUCGAACCCCAAACCUUUUGACCUGGAAUCAAACGCGCUACCAUUUGCGCCACGCCCCCAUGUUACUAUCCUUACCUUCAAAUUCUCAUAUACACUUAUUUUUUAAAAUGGAGGUAGAUCUCUUUCAAAAGAAUUUUCUCACUUAUAGUACAAUCUCUUGUACCAUAUCCACCCAAGCAGGACUAGAUGACUCAAAAGUGGAGCUCUCUUCUUUGGAACCUGGCUCUGAGCCAAACACAGAGAAACCAAAUUUGAGAUAUAGGCUCAUAAAUACAGAAUAUAAGGCUACUAAUAGUUAAUAAGUUUGGCCGAAUUUAGUAUGUAAGCCCCUCGCCUUUACAAAGACAAUUAGAGCAAAUCUCACUAAAACCACCAACUGCUUAUUUCCCAGGAUCAAUCUGGCAACCUUCAGAUAGACACGAACAAAGAGCAAACAGCACUAAAUCCUCCAAUAGAGUCCAUAUUUACCACCUCCGCUCCUAUUAACUA